CGUGGAACAACUUCUCCUUACCAGCUCCCAGGCUUAAUGUCUGGCAGUGACGUCCAAGACCCCCGUCCCCUGACAUGGCCUGUGCGUCUGACCCUCCAGAAGCACCGCUGCCACCGCCGCCUGAUCAUACAUACAGUGUGUCAACGUCAACGUCGUCUUUUGAGCUAGUAACCAAGUGUGAAGCCCUUACGCAGAAGGUCGCUGAGCUCCAACACCAGCUGGAAUCCAUUCAACUGCAAUCUCGUUUUGGACUGCAGCACAUCGUUGGAUCCGAUGCGGAUCUCCGGUAUUACACCAGAUUUGCUUCCUAUGAGCACUUCAAACGUUUUUGGGAGUUGGUGGAGCCAGCUGCUAAGACUAAGAUGGUACGGAUCACCUCUAGUAGCAGUAGCAGUGAACCAGCCCAACCGAGAGCUACGAAGCUUGCCCCUGUGGAUGAGCUGUUGCUCUUUCUGAUGCACCUCUCUGCAGGUCUGGACCUGAGGGACCUCGCCAUCCGUUUCAGGAUUCAUUCAUCCACGGCCAGCAGAAUAAUCACAACGUGGACCCACUUCCUGUAUCAUCUGCUUGGUUCCAUUCGUCUCUGGAUUCCACCAGAAGAAGUGAAAGCUCAUCUACCACCAGAUUUUUCCUUUUUCCCUGAUACACAAGUGGUCCUUGAUUGCACAGAGAUCUACUGUCAGACUCCCUCCUCUCUCCUUCUGCAGAGUGAAGUCUACUCUACAUACAAGUCGCACACCACCUUCAAGGCCAUGAUUGGCAUUGCACCACAUGGUGCAAUUACCUUUGUCUCACCACUGUAUGCAGGUUCAAUGAGUGACAGGGAGAUUUUCAGGUUGUCGGGCAUCACUAAACUUCUUACACCAGAGAUGGCCAUUAUGGUGGAUAAGGGCUUCUUGGUGGACAAUCUCUGCCCAGGAAAAGUGUACCGACCAGCUUUCCUGUCGAAGAACGCACAAAUGACCAAAGAGGAUGUCCAGAAGACAGGCAAUUGCCCGUUUGAGACUCCAUGUCGAGCGCAGCAUCAGGAGGGUGAAGGAGAACAAACUAUUUGAUGCUGUCAUCCCUCUGUCCAUGUGUGGAAGCAUUGACCAGCUGUUUUCUGUUGCAUGCCUCCUGUCCAAUUAUCAGAAUGGACCGCUGGUUAAGGCAUGGGCUGCAAAGAAGUGAGAGCUUUAAAGUGGUUAGUUUUUAGAAUUAGUUCUGUCACUUAGGCCUAAUAAUCAGUUCUUUCAUCUAAUGAUUAGUUAUGCAAAUAAUCAGUUCUUAAUGGUUUAAAUGUUUUAUUGUUCAUUUUUACAAAUCUAUACAACUGAACAGAUUUCUGUUGUUCGUUACAAACAAGUUAUUGUUAUUAGUGUUUGCACAAGCAAUGUUAUCUUCAUUUUACAAAUCUAUACAAGACUUGUACCAGAAAACAAGACAAAGGUGGCUAUUUUUGCCCAAGCAAUGUUAUUUCCAUUUUACAAAUCUAUCCAAGACUUGUACCAGAAAACAAGACAAAGGUGGCUAUUUUUGCCCAAGCAAUGUUAUUUCCAUUUUACAAAUCUAUACAAGAUUUGUGUACCAGAAAACAAGGCACAGGUGGUCAUGUCUGCACAAGCAAUGAGAUCAUCAAAUGUAGAGAUGUUUUUGUUCAUUUUUACAAGUGCACAGGUAUCACCAAAUGUAGAGAUGUUUUUGUUCAUUUUUACAAGUGCACAGGUAUCGCCAAAUGUAGAGAUGUUUUUGUUCAUUUUUACUAAACUAAAACUUGAACUGAUUAAAUGAUUUUAAAAAGUUGAGUAAUCUACAACAACAACAAUUGUAAACUGAACACUGAAUGUGGAACUAUUGUAAGUGAACAAAGAUAAUUUUAAACAGUUGUAAUUGAACAAAGAUUAUUUUAAACAAACAGAC